CAUCAAAUUACAUUACUGUCCGUCUUAAUGUUAUAAAUAAAUGCAAUACUUGUACUCUCACAUGGCAUAAGGUUAGCAAGGGCCUGCGUGAGACAAAGUUAAUCAAUUUAAGACAUGUUAACCCAAGAUGUGGUUAUGGGUUUCACAGAAAAAAACGAGGCCAUGUUUUCGCCGAGUUGGAAUGAGUGCCACCUCCCACAAAGUAACCUAUUUUCUUGGCUACUCCAGAACCCUACGUGCUAACGUACCCUAGCGCGUCAUUUAACUGAUCAAAUAAUGCAAUAUGAAAGAAACUACUUUCUCAUCAAUAGCAAAUUAUUGCUCCUUAAAUGUUUAGCCUAUGUCUGUGGGUAUGUAAAUCUGAAAAUGCCAGGUUACUUUAAGUCUGCGAUUAUAAGCGAGAGAAACGGGCAAAUCUCUCUAAAGUAGCCUUUUCCAGCCUCUCCUUCUACCAGCAUUUGAUUCGCGUAGAGUUAGAAGGUUUAAAUGUGUUGUGGGGGCAUGAGGCUGUCAGACCUUUUGGCAAGUAAGAUUGAUCGCGCGCAUGCUUCUAGAACUCUUUGUUUAGUAUAUAAGCACUGAAACUACAAACGACCAAAGUACUAGUUUCCCCUACGUUUAAACAUAAUCCGCUUAUAUCCGCAAACCGGCAAAAAAAAAAAACUUUAAAAAUGUUAGUAGACACAGAAAGUCCCCUCCCUGUGUAGAACGAAACAAAAUGUAACAAAAUUAAUUUUAGUUUAUUCUAAAUCCAAAACAUCUAUAUUGAACGCCAAUUGCUUUGUUUCAAAAAUAACUUCACUUAUGUUUACAUUUUACAUCCAUUGAUUUAUCCUAAGCGAUUUACCAACUGAAACAAUUUGUCACAGAGCCAAUAACAUUCAUAGUAGACUUCACAAUGUCGGUUUAGCAGAAGCUAAAUUAGGAAACAAGCUAGAGCAGAGGUGAAAUUAUUAUUUGAUAUUAACACGCUAGAGCAGAGGUAAACUUUUAUGUGAUAUUAAGGUUUUUAGUACUUACUCUAAUCCUCACUGUUCAAAAUUACGGGUAUGCUCGGAAACAAAGCUUCCAGUUGAAAACAUCUGGUAUCAGGAAGCGUUUUACUUCAAAUAUUUACUCAGCACGACGUAGGUCCCCAUCGAAAAGACAGCAAGCGAGAGUGUAUCCUUCAUAAUUAAAUAUGCAGUCUUUGAAUCUGCAUUUUAUCUUGCGCGUUCUUUUGUAAAUCAUUUUUAAUAGGGGUUGAUAGAAUGAUAAUGCAUUUUAGGAUAUAUUUCAGUGCGAUUAUCUAUCGUUUAUGAUAUUACAAAAUGUUCUGUAAAUAGGUUUGUUUUAUGGAGCUGUACGUUUUUGUCUAACCAGUGUAUGUUACGAAUCGAUAGGCGGAACGUUACGUCAAUGGAUUUGCGUGUGGGGGAGGGGAUAUGUGAUUUCGAUGUAUUUAAGUGCAGUAUUAGUGGUACAAAGAGCUAGGCUGAAACAGCUGUCUUUCAGGUCAAAUGAGAGAUUAACAACAACAGCAGAAGCAACAAACUUAUCUGUCAGUAGCAGGCGUACUUUAUUCGGCAAAUGUACUGUAGCAAGACUGAUUCCCUCACAUUUUUUAGGAAACCAAUACACAGAGAGAAUGCAUAUGCCUGUGCAGCAGGCAAAAGGGAGGUUCUAAUUCUUAUAUGCACCGGCUACCGGUUUUGAGAUUGACUAUGAAGCUUCAGGGCUAUUGCCUUUAGCGAACACAAUGACACCGAUGUACAUAACAACAUUGACCUCCCUCUUAAGAGAGGAGUUGCUCGAGGAAGUACUACGGAUCGAUCUGUCAAGCUGGAUCCUUUUGAAUAAACCCCAAAUUGCCAUUGGGUAAAGCCUGCUUAUUUUGAAAGCGAAAACUCAUAGACUUCAAGGAAGCCAAACUUUCCCUACUCGCGCUCUCGGAGCAUGAGACAACAGGUUUACAAUGAAUUACGAGUUUGAGCGUGAGACGGGUUUCAUCAAUAGUCGGCCAUCGCUCGCGGAGUGCCUUACUUCUUUCCCCCCUGUUGACGACUCAUUUCAGAAGUCAUCAAUCAAAAGCUCAGCGCUCAGGAACCCUCACCCUCUUAUCCUACCUCCUUUCGAGCACACCAUCCCAAGCUUGAGUCUCGGGACUCAGCCACGCUAUGCAGGGCCCCGGCACAGCUUAGAUGGGGGAAGCCCACUGUACGCCAAUUCUCUGACCACGGAAUACCCGUGGAUGCGCGAAAAGAAGACCAACAAGAGAAACUGUUCUCUUACACCAACCGGCUCCUUGACUCCUACAGCGGGAGUCAUUUGCUUCUCCCCAAAAGGCUCACCCGAGCUUCCCGAGGGCGGUUUGUCUGGUGGAGAAGGAGGUUCGCGCCGCCUGAGAACAGCAUACACAAACACACAGCUUUUAGAGCUGGAGAAGGAGUUCCACUACAACAAAUACCUUUGCCGACCACGCCGUGUGGAAAUAGCCGCGCUGCUCGACCUUACGGAACGCCAGGUCAAAGUGUGGUUCCAGAACCGACGGAUGAAACAUAAACGCCAGACUAAAGACAUCCACGGAGAGCUAAGCAGGAUAACUGUCGGGGAGGAUAGUGGUGCACAGAGCGACGAGGACGCUUCCAUUUGUGGCCUGAGUCAUGGUAGAUUGGGCGUUGUAGAUGGAGAGUCGAAUUCCUUUCAAAACGACCUGUCAACAGUCUCUGGGCAGUCCUGUAAUGAUAACGACAUGCAAACUUUUGAGAUGUUUUCUAACAGCUUUAUGGAAAGAAAUUUAAAAGAUGUUUCCAGUCAGUCACCUACUGCUCUAAGCAAGGGGACAGUAAUAUGCAAUAGUAACCGAAGUUCCAGUCCGGACAAUUGCGGUUCCCCGCAUGUUAUGGACAUGUCUGUGCAGGACUUGAACUUUUUUUCGACCGACUCAUGUCUGUCUAAUGCAGAUUCGCCAGCGCUCUACACGUCUCUGGAAAGCCCAGAUGAUGUUUCAACAGACUUUUAUUUCUUUACGGACUCUCUGACUACAGCUGAUUUACGAAAUGCAAACUACUGAUUAACAAAAUGGAUCAGUGAACAAAUGGAAGGAUAAAUCAGGAGUUUAAAUGUUGACUUUUUUUUAUUUGCAAGAUGGGUGUGAUUAACUGACGCGAUUAUGAUAACAUACAGAAGGUAAGCUAAGCCCUGUGCGAUGUAUUUAGUAAUACAUAAUGCAUUAGGCCUAAUGCAUUCAUAACAGAAGUAUUAGUUUAGAUUACUUAUAUUUUUAUAUCGAGUAUGUUGUAUACUGCUUAUUUUUGUAAGAAUAAAUAAAUACA